GGCACCGCGAGAAGCUGCACCGAGGACACUUGCUCGCUCCCUCCCCUGGGGAGGGCAGGGUCCAACUCGGCUGCACUUCAGGGUUAUUGUGGGGGUUUUUUUUUGUCGUUGUUGCUGCCCGGUUUUUUUUUAAAAGUGUCCCCGAGCCAGCCAGCUGCAAACAUUACAUCACUGACGAGAGACCCGGAUCCACACUCCCAACUUUGGGCAAUGGCUCUGCUCAAGUUUCAAUAAGAAAUGCCCGAGCUUCCCCCUCUCUUCCCGCUGUGACCGCAGGGAGCAGAUCGCUGCCCGGGGCUGAGCUGACGGCGAGUGCAGGAGCGGCUGGGAACCGAGGGGCUUUGCCCGCUGACACUCAGCUGGGAAGCAGCCGAGAACUUUCCGCCUCUUGUCAGAUCCGUUCUAGGUGUGGCUUCUUACUGAGCGUCUGCGGAAGUCUCCCGUUACAGAUGUCAGCACGGCUCGCCGAACAUCAACAGUUUGUUUUCUCUGCAGUUGCGGGAGGAUUUUGAAAAGUUAACCAGUGCACACAUUGAAUCCAGGAGAUGCCGCCGCCUCCUCCACCACCUGGUCCUCCUCCUCCUCCAACAUUUCCACAGGCAAAUACAGAGAAACCUUCACUAAGCAAAACUGAGCAAGUUGGAAGAAAUGCUCUUCUGUCAGAUAUAUGCAAGCCCAAAAAGUUGAAGAAGGCAGUUACCAAUGAUAGGAGUGCACCAAUUGUUAGUGUUCCUAAAGGUCCUGGAGGAGGAGGAGGAGGUGGCGGCGGUGGCGGUGGUGGUGGCGGGAGUGGUGGUGGAGGAGGAGGAGGAGGAGGAGUUGGUGGUGGACCAGCAGGUUUAGGUGGAUUAUUUGCAGGUGGAAUGCCAAAGCUGAGGUCUGCAGGAAGCCGAGAGAGUUCAGAUUCUGGUGGCAGUAGACCUCCAAUUAUGCCACCGGGUGGAAGAUCAUCUGGUCCCAGACCAUUUGCACCAAGCAACACUCCUCCAAAGAUACCUGGGUCAUCUGGUUUUCCAAGGAAUAAUAACCCUGAGCUAGCAAGAAAUAAAUUGCCGCAACCAAAGUUUUCAAGGCCAGAAAUAAGUUCAAAACCUGAUGCAGUACCGCCACCUUUACCAAAUGCACCAAGACCAUCAGCAUCAAGUAUGCAGAACAGGGGUCCUCCACCUGCAUUAGAAAAUCGACCACCCAUCAGGGGACCUUCACUACCAAAUCGCAAUCAAGGGUCUUCUCGUCCAUUCUCUCCAGCUGUUCCACAGAACAGUGCAAAUAGAUCUUUACUGCCUCCCACACCUAACAGGGUUGUUGAGGACAAGCCUUCACCACCAAUGCCUCCAGUUCCCAGUACUAACAGACCUCCACUGCCUCCAACUCCAGUUAGGAUGACAGAUGAUAGGCCACUGCCGCCACCUAUGACAAAUAGGCCCUCACUUAAUAGGGAUGGUCCUCCACUCCCACCACCACAACAUCAGAAACCACCUGUCCCUCAAACACCUAGGCCAACUCCCUCUUUCCAAGCUCCCCCACCACCACCACCUAAUCGGCCAGGACCAUCUUCCAAUCAUUCCAGCUCUGCUACAGAUGUUGAAAUUCCAAAGCUCCCUCAACGAAAUUUGUCUCUCCACAGCACCCCUUCAACAUCACCAGGACCAAUUCGCAGUGGUCCUCUUCCUCCUGGUGAAAGACCUCCGCCUCCUGUGAGGGACCCACCCAGCAGAUCAGGACCUCUUCCUCCACCACCUCCAGUUGGUAGAAAUGGUAGUAGUCAGAAAGCACCACCUGUCCCACAGCCUCCAAGCAGAAUGGGUUCAGACACCAGGAGUGGCUUCAGACCCCCCCUUCCUCCUGACCGAGGAAGUCCUGUACCCCCACCAACAUCACUGAGAAAUGGCUUCCAGGAGUCCUCACAAGCAAUGUGUGAAGAUGAGUGGGAAGGCAGAUUUUCUUUCCAUUCCACCUCUGAUUUUCCACCACCAGAACCAUAUGUAAACUUCCCAAAAACUUAUCCCAGUAAACAGAACAAGGCAGAGAACAGAGAUUCAGGUCGGAGAGAGCGAGGUGCUCCACCCCUUCCACCAAUCCCACCUAUACCAAGGUGAAAACAGAUCUGGGUAUUGAAAACUCACAAAAAGUCAUUCUACUCUUAGACCACCUUGCAUGCUUUAACUGCAGACUUGCUACAGGGAUGUUGGAUUUGCCUUUCAGCUCCAGUCAUUUUCAGCUGUAGAAAUGCUGGCUGUCUGGCAUUUGUUUAUCUGAUGCUUACAGCAUCUGGAAAUUUAAAAAAAAAUUCUCCUUUGCAUCUUUUGACUGCUUUAAUGUAAUACAUGCUAACUUGUUUACAAUACUAUGGACAUGAAAAAAAUGUACUUCGCAAGAAUAUUUCUUUAAUCUAUUUUAUACAGUCGCAAUAUCAGUUGGGUGCUCAAUGUAUAAUUGAUGUCUUUGAAUAAAAAUAGGCACUUUGGCUUUAAUUAAAUAUUCUUAGUCAUGUUAUCAAAUUGAGUUAAAUAAAGAGCAGAUUUGCAUUUUCCAAUCUACCUGUUGUAAAUUGUAAACCAAAAAGUCCUGAAAAGCAAAACAAAAGCUGCUAAUUGACUGUUGCUUGUUGAACUCAUUUACAUGUUAGUAGUUUCUGUUUAUAUAGUGUAUGUGCUCAACAAUGACAGACAAUGGAUCACAAGUAGUUAUCUGAAACUACACUUGGACUGAUUUGAGGUUAUCAUUUUAAAAAUUCAGUUAAUAAAAAGCUUGCACACCA